AUGCCAGGACAAAUUCACAAGUGGCCGGCAUGGCCAGAGUACAAUACCAAUAACAGUACCUCGCAAGACCAAGAUUUCGUCGAUACGAAGAAGGCUAUCAUCGAAGAAUUUGGCCAGGAAAACUUACAGAAAGCUUGGAUCCGGGUCUGCGAAGACCUAUCAUCAAUAACUGAUGAAAUCGUCGAACAAGGAAAUAAAAUAAUCCCGAUCUGCUCUGCAGAACAGAUUCUAGAAAAUGGGUUUUCUUCGAAUGACGAAGAAAGAAUCAAGAAAACCGGUUGUGUGAUUAUUCGUGGAGUUCUCCCUAGGACUGAGGCACAAGAACUCUACACUGAACUACACCAAUAUAUUUCAGACAAUCAAGGUACAAUCAAUGCAUGGCCGGUGGAAACACCAUCUAUGUAUGAAAUUUAUGAUUCGCCAGUUCAAAAUACAAUCAGAUCCCACCCACGCCACCUCAAACUCCAAAAACUACUAAAUGGACUAUGGCACGAUAAGUCCGGAGAGACAUCCUCAGACCCCUUGAUAUACUACGACGGCGUACGAGACAGGCCACCGAAGCAAAUAUUCCUCGGGCUGGGGCCCCACAUUGAUGCUGGGAGCUUGAGCCGUUGGGCUGCACCAACUUAUCGUAAAGUUUACGAAUCAAUAUUUUCCGGUCAUCCAGAAGAUCAUGAUGCCUGGAACUUAGAGGUCCGCAAAGACGCUGUUCAGGAUUUAUUCAAAGCACCAUCUCAUUCUAGUGUGUUCCGAGCAUUCCAGGGAUGGACCGCUCUAACUCCUUCGAAAGCAAGGGAAGGUUCCAUCCUGUUAUACCCAAAUGUCGCGACAACGGUUGGAUAUAUGCUACUUCGUCCAUUCUUCAAUCCGCCCGAAAAUGAUGCAGAUAUCAUGGAUGCUAGAAAAUGGAGUUUCGAUGAAAGCGGCUGCCACUUCCCAGGCACAGAAAAAGAUCAAAGCCAGUUCUUGAGCCGCUCUUCGCAUCCACACUUGAGAUUCGAGGAAUGUAUGAUGCAUGUACCAGAGAUUCAACCAGGGGACACAGUUUGGUGGCAUAGUGAUCUUUGCCAUGCCGUUGAUCCUGAACAUGAGGGCACUCAAAACUCAUCGGUUGCCUUCAUCGCUGCGGUUCCGACUACACCCAUGACAAAAGUUUACAUCAAAAAGCAGCUAGCAGACGUGCUUGCAGGCAGCCAACCUUCAGACACACAAGGCAAAGUAAAUGAGACACUUUUGAAGGGAUACCGAGGUCAUGAAAACUUCAGCGAUGACGCACGUAGGGCUUUUGGCUAUUACCUUUGA